ACUUUUAUAUCCUAUUAAAUCCUUUAAAAUAACCCCAAGAGAAAAUUAGAUUCUGAAGAUAUUGCGCUCGAAGAAGCUGGCUCCUCGCAAGUAGUGCAUCUAUAGUACCAAAUAACAAAGUACAAGAUUCGCUGAAAGAGAAGGAAAUGUAGUUAGUAAACUUAGCCGGAGUUUCUGUCAGGAAUCCAGAAUGGAACAACUCCGGAAUAUGUUGAUGGUGUUAUGCAGCGUGACGCUAGUUAACGCUUUCCAAGAUGGUGGGGUUGGAGCCUUGGAGCCAAUCAGUGAUGACCAGUCAACUACAACACAUUCUGCAGUUUCAGAACACUUGACUGGUAUUGUACGUGCGCCUCCAACACCACCUGAAGAUAGAUUGCUGAAGUGUGUGUGUUCAGAUUGCAAGUUGGGUGUGUGUGAGACAGAUGGUUACUGCUAUGUCACUGUUACUAUCGAUACCUCUGGAGAAACCCAAAUUUUCAAGAAGCAGGCGUGUUUGGACAAAAGCAAGCAGUUCCCUCCCGAGAAUGCACACAAGUGCCGAGGAGGCUACUCCCACAAUGUGUACCCAUGGCUGGAAGAAGAGAUGUUAUGCUGCCGUCAUGCUGACUUCUGCAACUAUCAGUUGCUGAAUGCUUCCAGUGGGAAGCCACCCCUGCCUAGUUUGCCUCCAAAGGCUGCCAAUCCAUGGAGCAGGCCUGGCGAUAGGGGUGGGGAAGAAAGCUCUGUGUGGAAAUGGAGCGAUUUGGCAUUGGCGGGCGCGGUAGCCAUAUCCCUCCUCCUGACUGUCAUCAUAGUGGCUGUGAUGUGCUACUGGCAUCAUCGCAAGCAACGAAGUGAAAGAAUUCGGCGAGGUUUCCCAGAUGUAGAAUCAAUUUUGGAUCGAUCAGAAGUGCCACUAAUGGGACCCCACACACCAAUCAGAGAUUUCAUUGAAUUAACCUCCAGUGGCUCUGGAUCAGGUCUGCCAUUAUUGGUCCAGCGAAGUAUUGCCAGACAAAUCCAACUCAUAGAAAUUAUAGGUAAAGGGCGAUUUGGAGAAGUAUGGCGUGGUCGAUGGCGUGGUGAAUAUGUUGCUGUCAAAAUAUUCUCAUCAAGGGAUGAGCGUUCUUGGUUCCGUGAAGUAGAAAUUUACCAAACAGUGAUGUUGCGACAUGACAAUCUGCUUGGCUUUAUUGCUGCUGAUAACAAGGAUAAUGGGACUUGGACACAGCUGUGGCUGGUAACAGACUACCACGAGAAUGGAUCACUAUUUGACUAUUUAAUGCGGUAUACAGUAGAUACAGCUGGAAUGAUACGCAUGGCAUUAUCCAUUGCUACUGGCUUAGCCCAUCUUCAUAUGGAUAUCAUGGGUAAUAAAGGAAAACCAGCUAUUGCGCAUAGAGAUUUGAAGAGCAAAAAUAUUCUUGUCAAGUCCAAUGGUACGUGCGCCAUUGCUGACUUGGGUUUGGCUGUGAGAUAUGAUUCAGCCACCGACACUGUAGAUAUUGUCCCAAAUAAUAGAGUGGGCACUAAAAGAUAUCUUGCUCCUGAGUGUCUUGAUGAGUCAAUGAACAUGAACCACAUUGACUCCUUCAAACGAGCAGAUGUAUAUGCCCUUGGCCUGGUGUAUUGGGAAAUUGCCAGGAGAUGUAACACAGGUGGUGGGUGUGAGGAAUACCAGUUGCCAUAUUAUGACAUGGUCCCCAAUGAUCCAACCAUUGAGGAGAUGAGAAAGGUGGUAUGUAUAUACAAGCAGCGACCGAUCAUCCCUAACAAAUGGCAGUCCUGCGAGGACUUGCGAGUGAUGAGUAAGUUAAUGAAAGAGUGCUGGUACCAUAAUGCAGCGGCUCGUCUCACUGCUCUUCGUAUCAAGAAAACGCUUGCCAACUUGGGUGCCCACGAUGACCUCAAAUGCUGAAGUCAACAAGAUUGGGGAUAUUAGUGGCUAAGCGGACCACCAACAGCAACGGCCUGGUUAAUCAGGCAAGCACCAGACGAACCUGGCCUAUGGCUGGUCUCUGGGAGUAGAAUUCAUCAAAGGUAUAUCAGAGGUAAAGGUAAAGUCCAACCAAGAGUGUCCAUGAUGUGUUAAACUGCCUCAUUUUAUGUAUGUAGUGAGUGGCUUACAGCUUUUUUGUUUUAUUUAUUGUCUUGCACUGUAUUUUGCCCCUCUGAUGUGGUGCUUGACAGCUGCGGCCUUUGUUGUCAUCUGCCACCAGUGAGAAUAGAGGUGAUAAUCAAUGAAUAAAUGAUGGUUAUACAGUACAUUGAACGUGUUUUUUUUUACUGUUUGCAUACAGAAAUAGUUGGUAUUUUUAAUUUAAAUAGUAUUUGCAUGGAAAUUUUUGUUAAAAUUAUUUGAAGUUUAAGUUUUUCUCUUAGAUUAAGGGUCAUUUUUGUUACGGUAGAAAGUAGAAUAAUGACAAUCUGUCUCGCAUUUGUAGACUGCUAUUUAAAUCUUUUAUUAUCAUUAAGGUUAAACCUAUUUUUAUUUAGCUUCUCAAAAUUUAUUUUAAUUUAUGUAUAUACUGGAUUUUAUAAAUUAGAUAGCUAUUCAAAUUUGUUGUCUUCUGUCCUGUAAUCAACUAUUUUCUUACUUCAAUUUUAUUUAAUACUUUGUAACUCUUAGUUUAAUAGCCUUAAAAAAUUACCAAAGAUAUAUUUGAUUAUUAGAAUUCAGAUGAAAAUGAAGAUCACUCUUAAAGUAAAAGGGAUAACAUAUUUUAUUGCUCAGAUUUUACUCUCUUUACAUUAAUGUCUUAAAUGUCAUUAAGCUAGUGAUGGUAAUAUGAUAGAUAAGUAUAUAUCAUAUUCUUCUCUCAACAUACCAGCCGUAUUCCACUGAGGUGGGGUGGCCCAAAAGCAGAUACAGAGGUAAAAUAAAUACACAGUAUAUACAAUACUUACCUUAAAAUAUGGUGCUGGUCAGCCUUCCCUUACACAACUGUUGUAUGGAAAAGUGGAAAAAGUACCGAACAUAAUGAACAGUGGCUUGGUUAAAAACCAACAAAAACAUGGAACACUGAAAGAGAGUUCCAAAUACACAGGGCCUUCCUGUGUUUACAUACAUUCUCUUCCUACAUUACUCCUUUCUUCCAGUAUGAUUCUGGUGUUUCAAUCCCUGUACAUCUAAAUAGAAAUCACCUUGUUCUUUUCUACACUAACCUUCAGUUUCUUCCUCUUUUACAUCCUUAAAAAGUCCUCCAACUUGGGCAGCUUCUCUUCUGACUCUACCACUUUCACUGUGUCAGGAGCAAAGAGAAAUUGUGCCAUGUAUUAUGUUAUAUGAGAUCUUAUCUUUUAAGUUAAGAUCUCCACACAUCACUGACCCAAGUGGAUUUAGUGCUCAGUUAUGAUUGUAAUAAUAAUCUACAUGUUGCUUCCCCAGAUUUGCCUAUGAACUUAGCAUUAGCAACUUUAUGAUUCAUCCUUUCAUGAACACUGCAUUUCUUAUAUAUGCAUUGUCUACAGAACUUGUAAAACUGUCCUCUCAAGGAAGGUGCCUUGAUACUGGUCAGAGGACUCUUGAUCCAAGUGAAUAUAUCUUCCCCUUCUUGGAUUGAACCUGAUUGCCUCCCAUUCCUCAUGCACUGUAUGACCCCUAUGGGUUCAGCACUUCAUUUAUAAUAAUAAUAAUAAUAAUAUUGUAAACUGCACCAUAUGUCUGAAUUUUGAGCUCCAUUAAAUAAUAGAUACUCAUUUAUUUUUGAGGGAAUUUUAGAGUAUGGUGUGGAAAAAGACACUUUAUGUAUAGUCCAGGACAUUUAUCAUAGGAAAUGUCUUGCCACGAGUGGCUUCUUCAGGACUCGUGGCAAAAUAUUUCUUCUAAUAAAUGUCCUGAACUGUAUAUAAGUGUCUUUUUCCACAUCUUGUUAGUAUCAUUAUACCAUUUUAGAACACAAUGUUGCAGUAUUAAACCUGCUAAUAGUCAUAUCAACUCUCUCAAACCCAUAUGGGUUUAGCACUUCCUCAUGUAUAUAAUAAUAAUACUAACCAUACAUCUAGUGCAUGGGUAACUUAACUGACAAUGGGAGUGUUAGGAUAAAAGGGGAACAUUGAUCCUUGACUCUAAUUAUCUUGUUUACACUGACAAAAGAAACACAUGUUUGUAAUUUUACAAUUGAUCUAUUUUUUAUGCAUAAAUUGGCUGCUGAGAGAGAAUGAAACUGAGUUUUGUGUGUGUGUGGGUCUAUGCGCAUGUGCAUACCUGCAUGUAUGCAUGUGCAUGCCUGCAUGUGUGGGGGUUCAUACAUAUGUGCAGGUGCAUGCGUAUAUGCAUGCAUGUUUGCGUGAGUGCAUGCAUUUGUGUUUGUAUGUUUUAAGUCUUGCUUACUGUGGUGACAAGAUACAAAUGUUCAUCACUCUUAAGUUGAUCGUUUUGUACUUGGAAAUUUGAAGCUUAAAAUUGACUUAGUUUCAUGACAUGUUAAGUUACAGUAACUAUUAUACGUAUAUUAUUUUUUGUGUUUUUUUUUUUUAUAAUUCAUACUGUAGUGGGGCCAAAGAUACAGUAUUUGACAAUUUAUUGUAUAGUUUUCAUCAGUACAAAAGUUUUGUGGAAUAUUCAGCUGUAUUUAAUGACAAGAAUUUCAAGGUGUGUUUCCAAGUGGUAAAUACUAUAAAUGACAUAAAUUUUACCGGAGCAGUUUUCGAUUUCAGUUAAGUUCACACAUAAACAUUAAACAUUUUGUUGUGUGUAAUUAUGACUUGCCAAGAAACAUUGCGACGGGACCUCCUCAAGUGAUGAAUCACUUUAUUCGUGUAAAAUAGUAUUUUAGAAAAAUGUUUAGAAAGUUAUUUUGUAAUCACUUAUAUCUGUAUACAAGAGAGAAUGAGGAAAGGAAUAUGGAAAUUACACUUGAUUUUUAAUUAUAGGCAUCUUUGUUUUUGAGACUUUUAAGAUUCAAGUAAAAACAAUGUGGAGUUGAGAGCAUGUACAUAUUACUUGUUUCUUAAUUUUGAUGGAGCAUAUGAGAUUAGUGUCAUUUAUUGCUGAACAUUUUGGGUAUGUGUACUUGGGAGACAAUGGUAGAGGAUAAAAUUUGAAAGUUCAUACUGUAAUGUAUAAUCUUGCUAUAAUAAUCAGUGCCUGCUUUAAUAAAUUAUCAUAUUUUUUUUGCCUCCUAGUGAGGGGCUGUUUUUAUUCAGUAAAAUGUUUUUUUAUUCAUUUAAGCAUGAUGUUAAUUUUGGUUUCAAAUCAUAGUCAUUAUUUACUGUAUAUUGUUUAAUACUAUAUAUUUCUGAUAUUGAAGGAUAGAUAUACGACAGGGCUCAGUCAUGUCAGUUGGCUGAAAGUUAAGAGGCAGAACCAAGAGCUAGAGCUAUCCUUCCAAAAACCCAAGUACAUAAUUGCAGAUAUGUAGUUGUUCAUUGGUGGAAACAGAGUAACAGCUGUUAUCCGAGAUAAAGUAGUUAUGUGUACUUUGUUGUCAUAAUGUCUUUCUGAAUCAUAAUCAUUCCCUCUCCAAAUUGUCCACAUCUCAUAUUUGUGUACAUUAAUAUUGGACAAAGCUUUAUUGAUUGCAGUCCACAAAAUGAGAUGAGAAUUUUUUUUUUUAUAUCUCGCAUGAGACCAUUUUAUAUAAUAUUGUAUUUGUGUAAUUAUUCACAACUUGAUCACUUUCACAUUCAACUUUAAACUUGGGAAAUGGUUUAUUCAGUAAUUUUUAUUUACAAAUCUUUGAAAGAAAGUAUAUCCUCAAUUUAGCAGACUACAGAAAUACAAAAUAAAAUCUGCUGAAUCAGUCGAUGUGGGAACAAUGAACAGAGUCUGUUACAGAAUUUUUUGUUCUUGCUAUUGCAACAAAAUAAUUUGGUGAAGAGGCUCUUGGUCUGAGGAAUUAGACCUGUCGGUCUACUUCCUCAGACCGAACCUAAUUACCCCCCAAUCCCCCGUUCCCUAUCCCAUCCUCCCCUUUUUCCUUUCCUCCUCCUCCUCCUCCCCACCCCUCCCUUUUGCCCUUCCUUUUUGGCCUUUGGUUUUUUUUUUUUUUUUUUU